AGGGGAAAAAAAGACGCGGGGCCUGAGGUGGUGACGGCGCGAGGCGACAGAGGGGCCGGGGAACCCUGAGGACUUUGCAAUAUGAAUAAUUCUUUGGAGAACACAAUUUCCUUUGAAGAAUACAUCCGUGUGAAAGCACGAACGAUCCCCCAACAUAGGAUGAAGGAAUUCCUGGACUCCCUGGCCUCCAAGGGCCCUGAAGCCCUACAGGAAUUUCAGCAGACAGCUGCUACCACAACCAUGGUAUAUCAACAAGGAGGCAACUGCAUUUAUACAGACAGCACGGAAGUGGCUGGAUCUUUGCUUGAACUUGCCUGUCCUGUUACAACUAGUGUCCAGCAACAGACCCAACAAGAGCAACAAAUACAAGUGCAACAACCCCAACAAGUGCAGGUGCAGGUUCAAGUUCAGCAGUCCCCUCAAUCUGUGUCCACCCAGCAGCUCUCUCCACAGCUCACUGUUCACCCGGCCUCAGAGCAGCCAAUACAAGUCCAAGUGCAGAUCCAAGGCCAAACACAGCAGCAAGCAUCCCAGACAAUACAAGGUCAGGCCCUUCAGAGUCCCAGCCCUUCUCAGUUACAGGCGGCUCAGAUCCAGGUGCAGCAUGUGCAGACUGCUCAGCAAAUCCAGGGUGCAGAAAUACAGGAGGAACACAUACAGCAUCAGCAGAUCCAGGCCCAACUCGUGGCAGGACAGGCUAUUGCUGGAGGACAGCAAAUCCAAAUUCAGACAGUUGGAGCACUUUCCCCUCCUCCAUCUCAACAAGGUUCACCCCGGGAAGGCGAACGAAGGAUCAGCACCGCCAGCGUCCUUCAACCAGUAAAGAAGCGCAAAGUGGAUAUGCCUAUUACUGUGUCAUACGCCAUUUCAGGGCAGCCGGUGGCUACAGUUCUGACCAUCCCCCAGGGCCAGCAGCAGAGUUAUGUGUCCUUAAGGCCGGACUUGUUAACGGUGGAUAGUGCCCACCUGUACAGUGCCACUGGGACCAUAACUAGUCCCACUGGGGAGACUUGGACAAUCCCGGUUUAUUCUGCCCAGCCACGUGGUGACCUGCAGCAGCAAAACAUUACCCACAUUGCCAUUCCUCAGGAGGCCUACAAUGCCGUCCAUGUUAGUGGCUCCCCAACAACUUUGGCCACUGUGAAGCUAGAAGAUGAUAAGGAUAAGAUGAUAGGAGGUGCAUCGGUAGUGAAAAACUCUCAUGAGGAGGUAGUGCAAACUCUUGCCAAUUCCCUUUUCCCAGCACAGUUUAUGAAUGGCAAUAUCCACAUUCCAGUGGCAGUGCAAGCAGUGGCAGGGACCUACCAGAAUACAGCACAGACGGUUCAUAUAUGGGACCCACAGCAGCAGCAGUCCACAUCACAGGAGCAGGCACAGCAGCAGCAGCAACAGCAACAAUUGCAAGUUACUUGCUCUGCACAAACUGUUCAGGUAGCUGAAGUGGAACAGCAGCCACAGCCUCAGCCUUCUCCUGAACUUCUCCUUCCGCAGUCUCUCAAGCCAGAGGAAGGACUAGAAGUAUGGAAGAGCUGGGCACAGACUAAAAAUGCAGAGAUGGAAAAAGAAUCACAGAACCGGCUUGCACCCAUUGGUAGACGCCAGUUAUUGAGAUUCCAAGAAGAUCUCAUAUCUUCAGCUGUAGCAGAAUUAAAUUACGGAUUAUGCUUAAUGUCUCGUGAAGCUCGCAAUAAUGAAGGCGAGCCCUAUGAUCCAGAUGUUCUUUACUAUAUCUUUCUGUGCAUUCAAAAGUACUUAUUUGAAAAUGGGCGAGUUGAUGACAUUUUCUCAGAUCUCUAUUACAUACGGUUCACUGAAUGGUUACACGAAGUUCUCAAGGAUGUGCAGCCUAGGAUCACUUCUUUGGGAUAUGUUCUUCCCAGCCAUGUGACAGAAGAGAUGUUAUGGGAGUGUAAACAGCUGGGAGCUCACUCUCCUGCUACCUUGUUAACCACUCUCAUGUUUUUUAAUACAAAAUAUUUCCUGUUGAAAACAGUAGAUCAACAUAUGAAACUGGCCUUUUCAAAAGUCUUGAGGCAGACUAAGAAGAACUCUUCUAAUCCUAAAGAUAAAAGUACAAGCAUCCGAUAUCUAAAAGCUCUUGGCAUCCACCAAGCAGGCCAAAAAGUUACAGAUGAUAUGUAUGCAGAGCAGACAGAGAAUCCUGAAAACCCGUUGAGGUGUCCUAUAAAACUCUAUGACUUCUACCUCUUCAAAUGCCCGCAAAGUGUGAAAGGCAGAAAUGAUACAUUCUAUUUGACUCCUGAACCAGUGGUGGCUCCCAAUAGCCCCAUCUGGUAUUCCAUCCAGCCAAUCAGUCGAGAGCAAAUGGAGCAAAUGCUUACCCGGAUUCUGGUGAUACGAGAAAUUCAAGAAGCUAUUGCGGUGGCCAAUGUUAGCACCAUGCACUAAAGGCAUCCCUCCCAGUUCAGAAAAAGGGUGCAGGGUGGAACUGGGUGGGGUGACAGCGAGGCCAGGAUCAAUUGUACAGCCUUUUACACUAAAGGAGAUGCCUAAGGUUUUUUUUUUUUUAAUUGGUGUAGUUAAGAAGCCCUUUUAGGCUUCUUCUGGUUAAUAAGAGACCCUUUCCAUUGUGUAUCUGACCCUUUUGCAUCAGCUUUCUGGACACAUUGAAGGCUGCAUUCUUUCUUUAGGAGCUCUGAAGUUCCGUAGGUUGACUUUGGGAUUUUUUAUGAUGUGAAAAAAACAAAUUUAAUUGGUGGACUUGGCCUGGGUGGGCCACUACAUUCAAGCUCAUGAACUUGGAAGCAGAAAACAG